AUGGCCGCCGCGCGCCGCCGCAUGGCUGGCCGAGUCGGGCCAGCGCGCACGAGGCCGCUCGCUGGCGUGCUGCUGGCGCUGGUGGGCAUGCUCGCGACGGCGGCAUGCUAUUCAGCGCGCACCGCGAGCUUCGCUGCGCCUCCUGCAAAGACGAAGCGGCCACCGACGUCUUACAAUCUGUGGAUGGCUGACUACAUACCGACUUUGACGAAGAAACUCGGCACCACAAACUUUAGCAUUGUAAGCAAAGAGGCUGGCAAGCAGUGGAGAGCGCUUGAAGCAGCGAAGAAGAAGAAAUACAUCGACCGAGCAGGAGAGUUAAAAGCAAAGUACGAGGCUCAGAUUCAGAACAUGGACCAAGCCAGAAGUGUGAUUGAUAAGGCGCCAGACAAGAAGGCAAGCAAAACUCAAGCACCUGAAAAAAACACCAAGGUUGGUGUCAGCUCAAGUAAGGUCGGCAUGAAGAAGGCUGUACAGGUCAGUUCAAUCCGCCAGCUGCUACUAGGCACGACCAAUGCGGAUAGUGCGGCCAGUGUGGUCACGAGCGCAACACCCAAGGAGACCAAGAAGAAGGUGAAGGUUGCGAAGGACUCCAAAGGACCAAAGAAGCCUUUGGGCGCCUACAACAUAUGGCUCCGGGGUGCCCGCUCGAAGAUCGUGGCGUCGCUCCCUGUAGAAGACCGGAAGAAUUCGGCAUUGGUCAACAAGGUUGCUGGUACACGAUGGAGGGGCUUGUCUGAACGUUCCAAGAAGAGAUACCACGAGAGAAGUGAAGCAGCCGCUGAGGAGUACAAGACGGCACUGGCGAAGUACAAGGCCAAGGAGACAUAG